AUGGCCGAGCUGCUGCGGAGCCUGCAGGAUCCCCAGCUGGUCGCCCGCUUCCAGCGCCGCUGCGGGCUCUUCCCGGCGCCGGAAGAAGACCCCCGGGAGAACGGCGUGGGCCCCGCCGAGGGCGCAGCGCGGGACGCUGGGGCCGGGCAUCUCCCCGCCGCCAGCGGCAAGUGCGCCCGGGAGCUGGCCAACGGGCUUCGGAGAGCGGCGAUCCCGCAGUCUUAUAUCCAGAAGUAUGUUGUGAAGAAUUACUUCUACUACUACCUGUUCCGGUUUUCGGCCGCCUUGGGUCAAGAAGUGUUCUACAUCACCUUCCUGCCCUUCACGCAGUGGAACAUCGAUGCUUAUUUAUCCAGAAGGCUGACCAUCAUAUGGGUUUUGGUGAUGUACAUUGGCCAGGUGGCCAAGGAUAUCUUGAAGCUGCCCCGGCCCUCCUCCCCGCCCGUUGUGAUUCUGGAGAAGAGAAUGGUUGCUGAGUAUGGGAUGCCGUCCACCCACGCCAUGGCAGCCACUGCCAUUUCCUUCACCUUCCUGAUCUCAACCUUGGAGAGAUAUGAGUAUUCUUUUGUAUGGGGACUGAUGGUGGCCGUGGUGUUUUCGACCUUGGUGUGUCUCAGCCGGCUCUACACUGGAAUGCACACAGCCCUGGACGUGGUAGGUGGCGUCCUGAUCACCGCGCUCCUCAUUGCCCUCACCUAUCCGGCCUGGACCCUCCUGGACCACCUGGACUCGGCCAGCCCUCUCUUCCCUGUGUGUGUCCUCGUUGUGCCAUUUUUCUUGUGUUACAAUUACCCCGUGUCCGACUACUACAGCCCAACCCGAGCAGACACCACCACCGUUCUUGCUGCCGGGGCCGGAGUGAACAUAGGGUUCUGGAUCAACCACUUCUUCCAACUCAUGUCCAAGCCCACAGACAUAGUCCCCGCUGUUCAGAACAUUCCUCCGCUCACCCUGGAGGUGCUGGUUCUGAGUGUGACCAAGUUUCUUGUGGGAAUCGUGUUGCUCCUCCUGGUUCGCCAACUGGUCCAAAAUCUCUCGCUGCAAGUGCUGUACUCGUGGUUCAGAGUGGUCAUCAGGAACAAGGAGGCCCGGCGGAGACUGGAGAUUGAGGUGCCGUACAAGUUUGUCACCUACACAUCCGUCGGCAUCUGUGCCACAACAUUCGUCCCGAUGCUACACAGGUUCUUGGGAUUACUGUGA